UGUGCUUCCCCCGGGGUCACAGGCCGUGACAGACCCGGGACUUGAACCCAGUUACCUGAAGGUUUCAACACGAGGCUUCAAACCUCAGAGGUGCACGAGGAGCUGCUGUGGGUUGGGACAGGGUCCAGGAAGCCCUGUGGGACCCACCUUGCAGCUGCCACCUGCCACCUCUCUUCCACACGGGGCUGGGCAGGGACUCCUUCCGGACAGAGUGUUCCUGCUCCUCUGACCUCCAUCCUAGAGUAUCUCCGGUCACGUGGUUCGUCCAUCUCUCCCCAGCAGGACAGGUCUGCCUCCUUCCCUGUCACUGGGGACCCCAGCACUAAUCCCCUUGGCAGAGGCGCUUGCUGGGGUGCGGGUGGGGGAUUAGCGCUGGGGAAAUCAGAUGCCACAUCUGCCCGUCCCUGGAGAGCUGGGGCAGGGCCUCUCCUGUCCCCGGAGCACAGGGCAUCACGUUGGGGGGCCUGAACUGCCCUGUCCUUCUCAGGCCUCCUGGAAGAAGCCCCCCACGGCCUCUUUUUGCCUUCGCUCCUCUGACUCAGCUUGUGGUCCACGGGGCUCCCGGCGCCUAGACCCGAAUCCUCCAGAGCUGGACCGUCCUUGCCUUGGGGAGAUGAAGACCCAGGCUGGCUGGCGGCCCCAGCUGCCCAGAGUGCGGAGGAGGUGGCUCUUCCCGGCCCUCAGCGGCUUCCUCUUCCUCUUCUCCGUGGUCAUGACUGGCUGCUUCCUGUGGCAGUACCAGCUUCCCAAGCUUCCGACUGGUUCCUCGGGGCCAGAGGUGACCUCCGCCCCUGUGAGGAUGUGUCCCCGGCACCCCGAGCCUGUGCCCCUGGCCCACCCGCUCCCUGUGUUGAAGGAGGCCCUGGAAAAGGUGGACCGGAUCCUGCGCCAGGCCAUGUCGGCCCCGGGCCUGGCUGCCAUGUCCGCGGUGGUCAUUCACAACGACACUGUGCUCUGGACUGGGAACUUUGGGAAGAAGAACGGCUCUGACCCGAAUUCUGGGACACCCAAUGAGUACACCAUGUACCGGAUCUCCAGCAUCUCCAAGGUCUUCCCGGUCCUCAUGCUGUACCGGCUGUGGGAGGAGGGCACCGUGGCCUCCCUGGACGACCCUCUGGAGCGGUACGCCAGCACCUUCACCAUCCGCAACCCGCUGGGCCUGAUGGACGGGCUGGAGGAGGUGGGCCCGGCCCCCAGGCCUUCGCCUGUCACCCUCCGCAGGAUGGCCAGCCAGCUGUCGGGGCUGCCCAGGAGGCUACGCUCCACCUCGCUGCUGUGGAGGGGCAGCACCCAGGAAGCCCUGAGCCUGCUCAAGGAUGACGUGCUGGUGGUGGACCCAGGAACCAGAUGCCAUUACAGCACGAUGGCCUUCUCCCUCCUGGCCCACGUCCUGGCAGCCCACACCCCGCAGGGUGACUACCAGCGCUGGAUCUCAGAGAACGUGCUGGAGCCUCUGGGGAUGGGGGACACGGGCUUCGACCUCACGCCCUCGGUGCGCGCCCGACUAGCGGCCGGCUUCUACGGCAGCGGGCGGCCGGCCCCGCUCUACGACCUGGGCUGGUACCGUCCGUCGGGACAGAUGUACUCGACCCCCGCGGACCUGGCCAAGCUGGCCAUGGCGCUCCUGGGCAGUGGGCCCCAGCGGCUCCUGCGGCCCGACGCGGCCAAGACGCUGCUGGCGCCGCUGCUGGCCUGCCCCGGGGCCUACUUCGCCAACCAGACGGGCACGCCCUGGGAGUUCCACGCGCAGCGCGGCUACCGCGUGGUGCGCAAGGACGGCGACCUGGACGGCUACGCCGCCACCUUCUCGCUGGUGCCCCCGCUGCGCCUGGGCCUCGUGCUGCUGCUGGCCGGGCCGCGGCCGCCCGGGCCCGACCUGGUGGCGCAGGCCUACGACGUGCUCCUGCCGGCCAUGGAGAGGGCCCUCCGGGAGGCCGAGCGCAGCCCCGCCCCGCCGCCCAGCGCGCGCCCCUUCGCCGGCUACUUCACCUUCGCCAACCGGACCUUCUACCAGGUGCACGCGGGGCCGGCGGGCGAGCUGCGCCUGCGCCAGUUCGGGCCCCGCGUCGAGGCGCUGGUGCCCCCCGCGUUCCGCACGUUGGCGCUGCGCCACGUGCGCGGGCGCGUCUUCCAGCUGCACGUGGCCCGCGAGUUCCCGUGCGCGCUGCCGCUCGGCGACGCCUGGCUCUCGCUGGAAGCCCAGCACGGGCAGCUGGUCAACUUCUACCCGUUGGACGGCCACGGGCUGUCCCCCGGCUUCGACGUGCCCGGCCUGAACACGUACCAGGUGCUGCGUGUGCAGCACAAGCCGGCGUUCAAGGCCCAGUGAGCCCCCUGGGGUCUGGAGCCUCCUUUCCCCUGACCUCCAGCUUGCCCGCCUGGGCCUGGAGACAGGAGUCCGCAGGGGUGUCUGGUAGAGAACCCGAGUAGUUGUCAAAGUGGGGUCCUCAGCCCUCGGACAGUUGGCCGACUGUCCAUUGUCCGAGGGGGAGGAGAAAUUAAGUACCGGGAUGUAGAGUAAGCAUUUAGAAAUGUAAGCCUUGACGUAGUACCUCUGUGUCUGUUGGGAUUAAGGCAAGAUAAGGGGUUGUAUUUUGUCUUUUAAAAAUCAACCUUAUCCGAUCAUCAUUUACUUAAAAUAAAACACACCAUCCAGGGAUGAUUGGGAUGAUUUUUUAAAUUUAAUUUUUUUUUUUUUUUUGCAGUGGUGGGGAUCAAACGCAGGGCACAUCGUGCAGGCUGCGCACUCUGCCACUGAGCUGCACCCCCCACCCCUAUUGGAUGAUCGUGACAGAUAUUUAUACCCACCACCACAAUCAAGAUAUAGGAAAUUUCCACCCCUCCUAUUCCUUUGCAGGCAGGUCCCUCCCCCUCCCAGCCCCAGGCAACCACUGAUCUGCUUUCUGUCACUGUGGAUUAGUUUCGCCUGUUUAAGAAUUUCACAUAAAUGGAAUCAUACAGUGUAGUCUUUUGUGCCAGUCGGCUUUUGCUCAGCAUGCUGUUUCUGAGGUUCAUGUCUUUGCCUGUAUCAAUAGUUUGUUCCUUUGUAUUCCACAGUAUAGAUAUGCCACACUUUGUUUAUCCUUUCACCUGUUGAUGGACAUUUGGGCCGUUUCCAGAUGGGGCUAUUAUGAAAGGGCAUUCUUGUACAAGUCCUUUUGUGAAUGCAUGCUUUCAUUUCUCUUGGAUAAAUUUCUAGGUGUGACUGUCUUGCAGUUUUCCAAAGCACUUGUACCAUUUUACAUCCCUAAACAGCAUAUCUCACUGUGGUUUUAACUGUGUUGUAUUUAUUGAUUUGUAAAAGCUCUUUAUAUACUAUAGACAUAAAUCCUUUGUCAAAUAUAUGUAUUGCAAAUGUUUUCUUCCAGU